CACACACACACAUUCGGCCUGUCACACACACACGCACACGGCCACGCAGAAAGCGCCUUUGCCUGCUCAAACCCUCCUAAAGCUGUUUUUCUGCUGGAGACCAACGAGAGCCAACAGCUGCCUCUGCUGAGGACAGACAAGAGGAACAGAGGGACGGGAGGAGAGAGGAAAAACACCAAAAGCCUCUUGAACUUCUGGCUCGGUGACUCCAGCAGUCCAGUCGAGUCCAGCGAGGGAGUGUUUUAUUGUUUCUUCUUUCCCUACGUGACACAAGGGGGACGAAGAGAGAAGAGGGAUCUGGAGUUCACGCCGCACGUACUUGAGAGUGAAUGGGUUGCCAUGGUUACUCACCCAGGGAGCCUGACCUGUGCGGAGUGAAUGGAGGGAGCGCCCCGGACACCAAGUGACACGACAAACUAACCAGAAGGAGAGUCGCCGGAGAACGCGAGAGGGAGCGAAGAGAAGCAAGGCAGAGCAGAAUAAGUGGAGCAGAGAGUCUCAGAAUGGAGGACGGCUUUUCCAGCUACAGCAGCUUGUAUGACACCUCGUCGCUGCUGCAGUUUUGCAAUGAUGACAGUGCGUCCGCAUCCAGCAGCAUGGAAGUCACGGACCGCAUCGCCUCCCUGGAGCAGAGGGUCCAGAUGCAGGAGGACGAGAUCCAGCUGCUCAAGUCCGCUCUGGCCGACGUGGUCCGCAGGCUCAACCAAUCUGAGGAGCAGCAGGCCAUGAGCUCACGACGAGGGCCCACUAAAGAGCCUACUUUGAUGAGAAAGUCUCCCUCAGCAGACAGCCAUGUUGGGAAGUCAGCCCGGCCGAUGAUCGCCACCCUGCCAUUACGACCCUCGGUGAACAACGGGACCAUCGUACCAAAGAAAAGUGGUGGCACUCUGCCAUCCCCAUCUGGUUCUGGAUCCAGAAAGGACACCAGCGCGCCAUCUAGCAGAAGCACGGUGAGGAGAGCCAACUCCAACGAGCACGUGGGUUCUCUCACACGGAAAGAUUCGGGUGACUCCAAAGGCAACAGAACUCGUGCGGGGUCCACGGGAAGUAAUUCCAGCAGCAAAAGAAGUGACAGCAAGCAGAGGGACCCAGUGUUCAAUGCAGGGAUGCGACGUGUGACCCACUGCAAAGAGGAAGGUUAUGUGAAAAUGUAUCUAAAAGGCCGCCCUAUCACCAUGUUCAUGCCCAAAGACCAAGUGGAAGGCUACUGUCUGGAGGCGAGAGCUGACCUUCCAGUCAACAAACUGAAACUGGACUGGGUAUACGGUUACCGCGGACGAGACUGCCGCUCAAAUCUUUACCUGUUGCCCACCGGGGAAACCGUGUAUUUCAUUGCCUCAGUCGUGGUCCUGUUCAAUGUAGAUGAGCGGCUACAGAGACACUACACUGGACACACAGACGACAUUAAAUGCUUGGCAGUCCACCCUGAUAAAAUUACCAUAGCAACCGGGCAGGUGGCCGGCACCUCCUCUGAGGGUAAAUUGGCUCCACAUAUUCGUGUGUGGGACUCAGUCAGCCUCAACACCCUCCACGUUCUGGGGGCCGCCUACUUUGAGCGAGCCCUUGUCUGCUUGGCUUUUUCCAAGUCGAACGGAGGAAACACGCUCUGCGUUGUUGACGACUCUAAUGACCACGUGCUGUCGGUCUGGGACUGGCAGCGAGAAGACAGACUGGCUGAGGUUAAGAGCUCCAACGAGACAGUCUUCGCUGCAGAUUUUCACCCGACUGACAGCAAGAUCCUGGUGACCUGCGGCAAGUCCCAUCUCCAUUUUUGGAGCUUGGAGAAAGGCGUCCUGGUCAAAAAACAAGGCCUUUUUGAAAAACAGGAGAAGCCCAGGUUUGUUUUAUGUGUGACCUUUGCAGAAAAUGGAGACACUAUCACAGGAGACUCCAGUGGGAACAUCUUAGUGUGGGGGAAAGGCACUAAUCGCAUCAGCCAUGUCGUCCAAGGAGCUCACGAGGGCAGCAUCUUUGCCCUGUGCAUGCUGAGGAACGGCACGCUGGUGUCCGGAGGUAAAGACUGCCGGCUCAUCUCUUGGGACAGCAGCUACCAGCAGAUCCAAACAUUGGAGGUUCCUGAAUUGUUUGGUCCAAUCCGGACGGUAGCUGAAGGCAGAGGGGAGACUGUUCUCAUCGGAACCACAAAGAAUUUUGUACUACAAGGCACCUUAGAUGGAGAGUUCCUGCCCAUCACACAGGGUCACACUGACGAACUGUGGGGUCUGGCCGUCCAUCCCAGUAAGCCUCACUUUGUCACCUGUGGCUAUGACCGGCAAGUUAGUCUGUGGGACUCCAGUUCACAUCAGCUCCUCUGGAGUAAAAACAUGGAAGACUCUGCCCAGUCAGCAGACUUCCAUCCGUCCGGAGCUGUGGUUGCCAUAGGAACGCAGACUGGCAGGUGGCUGGUACUGGACACUGACUCCAAGGAUUUAGUCACCGUACACACAGAUGGCAAUGAACAGCUUUCUGUUAUCAGCUUUGGCCCAGAUGGUAACUUCCUAGCCAUUGGCUCUCAUGACAACUACAUUUACAUCUAUGCUGUGGCAGAAAAUGGCAGGAAGUACAGCAGAGUGGGCAAGUGCUCGGGUCACUCAAGUUUCAUCACCCACUUGGACUGGUCAGUGGACACGCAGUACCUGGUGUCAAACUCAGGAGACUAUGAGAUACUCUACUGGAUCCCAUCUGUGUGCAAACAGGUGGUCAGCAUGGAGACCAUCAGAGAUAUUGAAUGGGCCACACACACCUGCACUCUUGGCUUUCAGGUUUUUGGUAUGUGGUCCGACGGCUCAGACGGCACCGACAUCAAUGCUGCCAGCAGGUCCAACGAUAAAAGCCUUCUCGCUACCGGGGAUGACUUUGGGAAGGUUCACCUCUUCUCAUAUCCCAGUUCUCAAUUCAGGGCUCCCAGCCAUGUUUACGGUUGCCAUAGCAGUCACGUGACCAACGUGAGCUUCCUGCAUAACGACAGCUGCCUGGUGUCGACGGGAGGGAAGGACAUGAGUGUGAUGCAAUGGAGGAUAGUUUGAGUGACAAGACGGCACUUGCAGCUCGAAGCUGCGCCACGAGAGAACUGAACCAAGUGGAAAUGCCUAAAAGGUGGAUCUGGACUGAGGUGGACUAACAUAGGGUUUUGUUUGUGGUUCUGCUUUCAGGUGCCACAAAGAGAUGAACUUGGUGAGGUGUUGCUUAGUGUUUCUCCUUUUUUUUUUUUUGCAUUGAAUCACACUACAUGUAAAAACUGUAAUAUACCAGUUAACACUUACAUGGAACAUAUCCAACAACAAAAAGAACCAAAGGCUUACAUUUUUCACUGAAUUUGUGCAGUUGUGUACGCUUCUGACACAGCAUUUGGACUAAAGGUUUGUGUGGACUGACUAUAAUCGAUUGACAUGCAAACUAUAUUGUCUCAACCCACUCAGGAAACCACUGGAAUAAUCACAUUAAUAUGACGCUCAAUAAAAGGCGCAUAGUUUAUUGGCAGACAUGAACACUUCACACAACAAGGAGGUUAUGAUAACUGGAUACUUGUAGAUGAUCCAGUUAUGAUUCAAGCCGACUGAAGUGAACAGGAGUAAAGGCUCCAAACGUAUGUGCGGUAAUAAUUAGUGCAUCAGUGUUUUUUUGCCAUGAACAGUAUCUUUCUGUUGAAGGGUGAGACCGUAUCACUGUAACUGUCUGAUGCGCACCAUCAGUCCAGGCAAGAUAUUUAAUUUGUCUUUUUAUCCUUUAACCAGCUUGAUAGCGGCUAGCGCAGAAUUUAGUUGCGUCAUCGAGCUUUUAGGAAACCACUCAUGCUUCCAUUCAACCCUGUGAUCUGUUAGUUGAUCUACUGUAAGCUAGCAUUUCACACUGGGAUGUUAUUCUGAUUGGAGUAAAAGAUUGUGAGGGGAAUGCUGUGAACUGGAAUAUGUCCUCCUGUACAAUUACCACUGUACAUUUAACUUUUGU